AUGUCUACCUCAGAAAAGUUGGAGAAUUUGUCAAUCGACGAAAAGAAAGCUGAAUCACCAGCCUCCAAGCAGGAGAGCUCGUCUUCUGAACAACCAGAGGAAGUUAUUUUGGGCGAAGAUGGACAACCUUUGUCCAAGAAGGCCUUGAAGAAAUUGCAAAAAGAGAAGGAAAAACAAGCAAAGAAAGCAGAAAGGGAAGCACAAUUAGCUAAGGAGAAAGAGGCCAGGGAAAAGGAAGCUGCCAAUGAUCCAGCCAAAGCCAAUUAUGGUAAAUUGCCCCUCAUCAAUUCAUCAACGAAAUCAAAUGUAAAGAGAUCCCAGAUCGCAGACAUAUCAGCUGCUAAUGAUGGCGAAACUGUUACGCUUAGAGCUAGAGUCCAUAAAACAAGGCAACAAGGUGCCACCAUGGUAUUUUUUGCCUUGAGACAGCAAACCAACAUCAUCCAAGCAUUGUUGAAGACCAAUAAGGAAACUGACGAUAGGGCCAUCUCCAAACAAAUGGUCAAAUGGGCUGGAGGUAUCAGUUUAGAAAGUAUUGUUUUGGUCGAAGGUAAAGUGGCCAAAGUCGAUGAAUUGGUCAAAUCAGCAACUGUGCAAGACGCUGAAAUUCACGUCACUAAAAUCUACACUAUUCAAGAGACGCCUGAACAAUUGCCACUUUUGUUGGAGGAUGCAUCAAGAUCUGAACAAGAGGCCGAGGAAUUAGGAUUGCCAGUUGUCAAUUUGGACACCAGGUUAGAUGCAAGAGUCAUUGACUUGAGAACACCAACCAAUCAAGCAAUUUUCAAAAUCCAAUCUGGUAUUUCGCAAUUAUUCAGAGAAUUCUUGUCAAAGAAAGGGUUCACCGAAAUCCAUACACCAAAGAUUAUUGGUGCCGCUUCGGAAGGUGGAUCAAAUGUUUUUGAAAUCAACUACUUCAAAGGAUCUGCAUUCUUGGCUCAAUCACCACAAUUGUACAAGCAGCAAUUGAUUGCUGGUGACUUCGAAAGAGUUUUUGAAGUUGCCCCAGUUUUCAGAGCCGAAAAUUCAAACACUCAUCGUCACAUGACUGAGUUUACCGGUUUGGAUUUGGAGAUGGCUUUUGAAGAACACUAUGAUGAAGUUUUGAAAGUCUUGGAAGAUUUGUUUGUGUUUAUCUUUACUGAAUUGAAAGAAAGAUAUGGCAAAGAAAUCGCCACUGUCAGAAAGCAGUUCCCUGUUGAAGAAUUCAAGAUCAAUAUGGUCAAGUUACAUUUUAAGGAAGGUAUUGCUAUGUUGAGAGAAGCUGGUAAGGAAGUUGAUGAUUUCGAAGAUUUGUCCACUGAGAAUGAGAAAUUGUUGGGUAAAUUGGUGCGUGAAAAGUAUGAUACUGAUUUUUACAUUUUGGACAAAUUCCCAUUGGCAGUGAGGCCAUUUUACACCAUGCCAGAUCCAGAAGAUCCAAGAUAUUCAAAUUCAUACGAUUUCUUUAUGAGAGGUGAGGAGAUCUUGUCUGGUGCUCAGCGUAUUCACGACCCAGAGUUAUUGAAGGAAAGAAUGAAGGUACACGAAGUCGAUCCAAAUACUCCAGGUUUGAAUGAUUAUAUUGAUGCGUUCACCUACGGCUGUCCUCCUCACGCUGGUGGAGGUAUUGGAUUGGAAAGAGUGGUCAUGUUCUUCUUGGAUUUGAAAAACAUUCGUCGUGCUUCUUUGUUCCCAAGAGACCCAAAGAGAUUGAGACCAUAG